AUGGUGGCCCCGUUCGGUCAGGAGAAGUACUUCAUGGGCGGAGGCGACGAAUAUGGUCGAUCUCACCCCACGCCCCAUCCGCUGGCAGCGCACAACGGCCAUGCCAUGCAGCAGCCGCCGCAACCUACUCAGCACUCGCCUCUUCGCCACACAUCACCUUCGUACGGCUCGUACCCGCCUCAAGCCCACCCCGCUCAGCAGCAUCAGGGCCCGCCGACCCACCACGUCUACUCCCACGGCGCGUUGCCGACCGCGAGGGAAGGGCAGCAGCCACUCGAGUCGAUCAUCGAGGCAGCAGUGCCACCUGCACGCGAGAAGAAGGGGAAGGGCGCCGCACUGAACAGCAGCGGCAGCCGCCCGACGCCCAAGCCUCAGUCUCCCCUCAUUCUCCAAUGGCUGCAGGACAACUUUGAGAACGAUCCCAAGAGCAGCGUGCCGCGCAGCCUCAUGUAUUCCCACUACUACAGCUUCUGCACGCACGCUUCUGUCAAGGCUGUGAACGCUGCCAGUUUCGGCAAACUGAUUCGUUCCGUGUUCCCCGAUCUCAAGACGAGGCGCCUGGGUACGCGUGGCAACAGCAAGUACCACUACUACGGCAUCCGCAUCAAGACCACGUCGCCACUCAAGAACGCACCCGUGCCACCGGAUUGCGAGUCCCCCGCCUCCUUCCCUUCGCCCUCGCUGUCGCCAACGGGUGCUCCGGCUGCGUCGAACUCUGCGUCGUCGUCGCCCGCCAAGAAGGCUCGGCUAAAGGUCGAAGUCAUGAGCCCCACCCCAGCGUUGACGAGUGAGCCUCCGCCGCCCACGGCGCCAACACAUCUCUACCCCCUGCACACCGCGAUGGCCAACUCGUCUUCGAUAAUACCGCUGCCGAACCCACACAUAGAAACCGCGCGCCAGCUGCCCGAGUUUCCUCCCCUUGAGCCGAUUCUCUCGGUCAACUUCCGGUCGCAGGCCAACUCUCGCCAGGCCUUCAUGGGCAUGUACAGAUCCCACUGUCAGCACCUGCUCAACGUCAUGGCGGACCACAACUUCAACGAAGUGGAGGGCGUUAUGCGACACUUCUGGCAGUCGCUUCCCGCCCACAUGCAUCCGGUCAUCUCGUGCCAAGGCGUGAUCGACCAAAUCGCCGAGAAGGAUGAGAUCGUCUACGCCGCUGUCGUGGACGCACUGGUGCCGGACGUAUUGGCGUCGGUCUCGUUCUCCUUCACCCAGGCCCUGCGCGAGUUCAGCCGCCAGUUCGAGACCUACAUCUCUCGCGCACUCGAAGGACAGCCCCCUGAGCUCAGUUCUCGCAAGACCAAAGUCGGUCGCAACUUUGCUGGGCGGCUGUGGCGCGAGGCCUGCAUGAACUAUAUUUCGUGCUGCGCGCGUCAGGUGCUCAUGAGCCCCGACCAGAUGACCUUGGUCCUGCGCGAUUGGGAGAAGGUCGACUUCAACUUUAUUCUCACCUCGAUCUCGUGGGUCUGCGGCGCCGACGAGUCGCCACACACCAUCGACCUCCUCACUUCCGUGCAAGAGGACUUCAAGAGAAUCCUGCAGCAGCGCUACUCGCUGGAGCAGUUUGCUGAAUGGAUCUUCCACCUGGCCACCCGCUUCCUGUUGGGCACGGACAUGAUGCAGGUCAUGAACUGCGCGCAGCAGCUGCUGCUCAGGUGGUCUUACUUCCACAACUUCAUCAUGAGCGACAUCACAACGCGCAAGGGACCCGGCCUGGAUGCAUUCCGCACGCUGCGAAUGUUCAUGGAGGAGUACCUGACGUACGUGCUCGACCGCCGGCUGGCGACCUUGCAACUGAUGCGGCCCGUUGCCCUCCCCACCUACUCGGCCCUCCCUCAGCCCGAGCAAGCGCUCUCUUCGCGCUACCCGGCCGGUGACGAAUCCUCCCAGCGCGGCGAGUCCUCUCCACUGGGCAGUGUCGACUUCUUGCCGGCCGACGGCUUGUUCCUGCGACCACGAUCCAACCCCGACCUGUCCGGCGAGAAGUUCCGGCCCAGCAUACUGGGGAAGAUGCCGCCGAGCAUGUUCACGUCGAUCACGGAGCGACCCCACAAGCAGCGCCGUUUGGCCGACACUGCAGCUGCUGCGUCGAGCGAGCGCCCUUCGACACCGCCCUCUGGCCUCUCCUCUUCCUCAUCGGCUUCGUCGUCCUCGUCGUCCCCCUUGCGGGGUCAGCCCGCGGGCGCCGCCACUUCGUCUUCCUCCUCCUCUUCUUCUUCUUCUUCCUCCACGUCGUCUUCGGGUCCAGCCACCCUGUCCCCGCCUUCCUCUUCUUCGUCGUCGGUCACUCCGUCAUCGCCGCCGCUUCCUUCGUCGACGCCCUCCGCUGCGUCGCCUUCGCUCUCUGCCGCUUCCGCUUCGUCGUCAUCGGCCUCGCCAUCGACGGCGCUCUCGCGCACGCCCUCCCUGCCACCGCUGGACCUGCUGGACGCCCUGCGCGUGGAUGGCAUCACAUCGCCCAAGCCCUCCCUCCCGUCGUCGUCGCUGUCCUCGUUCUCGCUGGGCAUGGGCAGCUUCGGCGGCUUCGGUCGUGACUCCUUCACCAGCGCCAACGGCUUCAUCCAGACCGCUGGCGGCUACACGUUCCCCAAGAUGUCGUUCUCGACGGAGCGCGACAGGGAGAUCCCGCUCCCAUCUGCCUCGUUCCUGCACAAGGCUUCGUUUGGCUCCUUCAGUUCCUUCCCCGAGUUCUCGCGGGCAAGUUUCGACCGGCUGGGAAGUAUGGAUCGUGGGAGCGUGGCGUGGCCGCAGCUGUUCCUCAACCUCAGCACGGCCCACACGAGCUACCAGUCCUUCUCCCUCCCCAUCUCGGACGAUAAGCCGGGCACGUUGCCGCCGAUCGUGGAGGAACCUCCUUCUCCGCAGUCAUCUCCAGUGUCAUCGGCGCUGUCGUGUGGCGGAGAUACCUCUGCCGCCUCUUCGUCAGCCGCUUCAUCAUCGUCUGCCACCGUACCCGCAUCGUCCUCUUCCUCGUCAACUUCAACCGCGUCGUCUCGCGACUGA